UGAGAUGCGGAAUAGGCAAUAUAAAAAUGCUGUCAUUAUAAAAGGUUUCUAGUGUCAAUGUAUUGCUUGUUUUUCUGUUUACAUUUCAUGUUGACACUUCUCUCUCUCGAACAUAAUGCUGCUACGCCAGAGCGGCCAAAGCGUCAACAAGCUUCCCCGUACUCUUAUGACGCUUUUCCAUUAUCAGUACCAGCUCGACUCGCCUCGCCUCGCCUCAACUCGACUCGCUUUUCGCUCCGUUUUCCAUUGCAGACAGUACCGCCACAAAUAGUACCCGGUUGUCAAAUCGAGUGUAUGCUGUUUUUGAUCCUCGGGAUGUGGCUGUUUCUCACAGCAAGAAGACAAACGUUGUUUCAUGAGAGGCUGAGGGCAGCAAAACGAAACACUGCUGAAAAAAACAGGACAGUUUGGGAAUUACUACAGAGUUCAGACUACGAGACGAAUCCGGUUGUUCAAAGCCGACGCAAGAGGAUCUAUUUAGCUUUGCAAAGUUGCCGUGGCAGACCAUUUGUUUGGGCUUUCAACCGAGCUACCGAGUGGUGGGAUGAUAUUGUUCCUGGUUUCACAAACGCGCAGUGCGUUCAGAACUUCAGAAUGUCGGAAGAAACAUUCAUAUAUUUGUACAACAAACUGCGUCCAGUGAUGGAGAGACAAGACACAAGCUUCCGCAAGUGUGUUCCUCUAAAGAAGAGAGUGGCCAUCGCACUAUGGAAGCUUGCGACCAGUUCAGAGUACAGAACUAUCGGCCAUCUUUUCGGAGUAAGCAUAACAACUGUUUGCCGGUGUGUUCAAGAGUUCACUGCUGCUGCAGAAACGUUGUUGGUUCCCGAACAAAUCCGUUACCCAGACCAGGAGAAGUUUGAAGAAAUGGCUGCCUACAUUGAGAACAGAUGGGGGCUCCCGCAGUGUGUUGGUGCUAUUGAUGUAUCACACAUACCCAUUUUGGCACCACAGGAGUACCACUGUGACUAUUUCAACCGUAAAGGCUGGCACUCCAUCGUCCUUCAAGGUGUUGUAGAUGGAAAAGGACUGUUCUGGAACGUGUUUGCAGGACUGCCUGGCAGCUUGCAUGAUGCUCGUGUUUUAAGACUGUCCACAUUGUGGGAGUUGGCCAGCCGUGGCAACCACUUUCCAACUUACACCAGGAAUAUUGGUGGGGUGAAUGUUGGCUGCUACAUCCUGGGAGAUUCUGCCUAUCCCCUGCAGAACUGGCUCCUAAAGCCAUUCACUGACACUGGACGGCUGACAGUAGAACAGCAGAUCUACAACAAGAAAAUAUGUCGAGCACGGGUAGUGGUUGAAAACGCUUUUGGUAGACUGAAGGGAAGGUGGCGUUGCCUCAUGAAAAGAAAUGACUGUGAUGUUACAAUUGUGAAAUCUAUGAUUCUUACUUGCUGUGCUUUGCAUAACCUUUGUGAGAGUCACGGAGAGGACUAUGACAAUGACUGGGAUGCACCUGCAGCAGCAGAGCCUGUGGUGGCAGUGGCACAGGGUGUUGAGGAGGAGGGCAGAGAUGUACGAGAGGGUCUGAUGCGUUAUUUUAAUUGCUAAAUAAAUACAUUAUCAUUAAAUAUGUUGUCUCUGCUGUUUUUCAUUAAAGGUUAUCACAGUAUACAAUCUGAAAAUACUUGUUCAAACCCUUG